AUGAAUUUCGGCAGUUCCACAUGGAACAACUCUACUGGAUUUGGUGCCACCGCCAAUUCCAACACCGCUUCGGCUGCGCCAACAGCUCCCACCACAGGCUUGUUUGGCAACUCUACCCAAAACAACCAAAACAACCUCUUCGGCAACACGCAGAAACCAGGAAGCGGGCUCUUUUCAAAUACUCAAGACUCAUCCAAUAAGAAGCCCAAUGGCGGAUUGUUUGGGAACGCCUCGUCGAGUCAGCCCAGCGGCGGCCUUUUUGGCAACUCAUCGACAUCAACAGGAGGAGGCCUCUUUGGGAAUUCCAACACAGGCGGCAGUAACUCGACUGGGCUUUUUGGUAAUACUAGCGCUCCAAACACAAGCUCUGGAACUACGGGAUCGAGCCUUUUUAACAAGCCAGCAGCAAGCGGGACCUCUGGCGGAGGGUUAUUUGGCAGCACUAAUACUGGUGGUAGCACUGGAGGCCUUUUUGGAAAUAAAAGUAACACAACUGCAACGAACGCCACUGGCUCAGGCUCUGGUGGUCUUUUCGGUUCUAGCAACACUGCUAAUGGCAUUGGCGCUGGCACUGGCGGUGGGUUAUUCAAUUCUGGCAACUCGAGCAACCUCUUCAAUAAGCCUGCGGCUUCAGGGGGUCUCUUUGGCAAUACUUCUUCGACACAGCAGCCACAACCACAGGCACCGCAAUCCUCUGUGGCCACUAAUGACCCAUACAAUUCAGGCAAGAUCUUGUCUGCCAUACAGCGUUCCACAGAUACCAUGCCAGCAUCACUAACAGGCUCGCUUUUCGCUAGCAGUGAGCCACCACUUCAUCUGCCAUCCAUAUCGGGCCCAGUGAAACAACCACAGCGAAAGUCGUCUUUAUUGGGAAAGUUGGCCCAAACUUUCAACAUAUUCAGGUACACUUCUGACCUGGCUGCCUCUAACUCCAGUGUGGGCAAACUCAAAGGUUUGUUCACCCAGUCAAACUACAUCCGCGAGAAUGUUGGGACAUUGCCCUCUCUGAAUCUCGGUGUGAAGAAACCCCAAAAGCCACAUGCUCGCCAACCCAUAGAAAACAAGUCGGUAGGGGAAAUGAAGCGUCUCGUGAUCCAGUCCAGGCCACAUAAGUUCCAUCAGAUUAACGCCGACAAGGUGUUUAGUGCAAAGAAAAGGCGAGUACUAAUUCUGUCGCUUGAUAAUCAACUUCUAGGUGAUGCCUACGAAGAUGUUGACGUCGAUGACAGUACAAACGAUUCGCACAAGCAUGGCGACGCAAUCAAAAAGGACCGAUCACUAGUUGAAGAUGGCAAAUCUGAAAGUACUGAAGACCCAAAGGGAUACUGGUGCUCUCCAUCUAUUGCAGAGCUCGAAAAGAUGACCAGAGAACAAUUGUCGUCUGUUGACAGCUUCAUUGUUGGUCGCAAAUCGAAGGGUCAGAUUGCGUACAUUUUUCCUGUCGAUUUGACUACGAUCUUCGACAGAUGCCGUGUUAACGAUAUUCCGGUGUCUAGUGUGCUUUUCGAUGAUAUAAUCAAGAUUGAGGACGGCAUUGUCAAGGUAUACUUUGACUACGAAGCUGCUAAACCACCAAUAAGCCGUGAGCUCAACGUCCCUGCGAUCAUCACAUUAAAAUCCGAACCCAAGAAAAGGUCACUAGAUGAGCACAUCAAGAGACUCAAAAGAGUUGUAGGUGCAGAAUUCGUCACCUACGAUCCCAUCGAGCAUUAUUGGACCUUCAAGGUCAAACACUUCAGUGUGUGGGGAUUGAUUGAAGAUAGUGAAGAAGAUGACGAAACCGAAGAACAGAAGCGUAUUAGGGAAAUCAAGAAAAAGCAGGACGCAGAGGAGGACGAGUCAACAAAGCAAUAUUCCAGAAUCUACGAGAACCCUGAGUACCAAAAUGAGCUCAAACGCCAGAAGGUCAUUAAACAGAGUGAGGGUAUUCCAGGUGCGUGGGAUUAUGGUAGCAUCGCCAAGCAUGACAGCUCACUAGCUAUAAAGCAGCGCUUGGUGGAGGAUGAAAUCACGCGACAAAUGCAAUUGUACAAGGAGGAACAGUCCGCAAAUGCAUUGGCUGCUAAUGUGAGUGACAUCACUGUUCAGUCGAGCUCCGAGGAUGAGGAUGAGGAAGACGAACUUGCUCUUGCUGUUCCUGCUGCUUACACUGACAGCUCAAAAUUUGACUAUCUCAAGCAAAUUGUCAGUGUUUUACCACCAUACACGGACAUGAGAAACCUUGUUGACGAAAAAGCAUAUGAACCUGUACUCGAUAGCGACGAGGCCUUCCAUGCCAUUAGCAAACGUGCUGACUUGCCCACUUCCGACGACUGGCUCGUACAGCUUGAAUUGUCGAAUGACAUAAACUCUGCAUUGACUCCUUAUACCGCAAUCCCUCGUAAAUCUGGACUGGCUUUAAGGAAUGUGAGCGAUAUCAUGUUUUCAGACUUCAACAAAAGCUCAGUUGGUAUGGAUCAGGUUUCCACGCCUAUCAAAGAAAUGCCUGCCGCUGAGGAAUUCAAGCCAGAUUUCGACAUAACGAGCAUGACUAAGCUAGUGCAAACACUAUUGCUAAAUGCCACCGUCAAAUCUAGACAGAACGGGCUUCCCUUUGUUCGCAUCCCACCGCGCACCACGUUUGCAGAGUUGAGUGCCAUAGAUGUCGCAGAUACUGAUCUCUUGAAUCUUGCCUCUAUUCUCUUUGAUCCUGUUGAGAUCAAGGAAUCAGAGCAAUCAAAGAAUACAGACGAGCAGAGAGAUAGAAUUGUCACACAUCUUAAAUCAAUUAAGCGAAGACGUGAGCUUUCCAAGUGGCUUCAAAAACAUAAUAAGAGCUCAUUCCCGACAUCAAAUGAUAAUUUAGAGAGAAUUCUUUAUAAAGUUCUUAAUGGCGAGAUCAAGGAUGCCAUCGAGAUUUCGUUGUCAUCCAAGAACGCCCAUCUUGCAACCGUCUUGGCGACUUUAGAUGCCAACGAAGCUGUCGCCAAACGCAUGGCAAAAUCUCAACUUGCAGCCUGGCCUGCUGAAGAUCAAUUGGUGCCUGUUCCAAUUCGACAAAUAUAUCAGAUCUUAAGCGGAGAUUUUGACAAAGUGGUCGUCUCGUACAAACCUGCCAUCAAACUCGGUGUGCUCGUCCAUUAUUCAAGCGUAAUACAACCACUCCAUAAAAUCCUUGACAAUGUCGAUUUCGAUGACGAUAAAAGCUCUCUCGCAAGCUUGCUUCGAGUAUACCUGGAGUUCACGCUUAACGGAAAAGAGGCUGCUGGUCGCCUCUUACAAAAGUCCAACAUAAAUAUUGUGGUCAAGUGGAUGUUGGCCGAGGUUCUCGAUUUAGAUCCAAAAACACAAGAUCUGGUGUGUGAAGCUUUUGGUAAAGACUUAGAGAGGGUCAGUCUUUGGAAAGAGGCAAUUUUCAUUUACGCAAUGACUAAUGAGGACACCGCUGCAUCAAAGCUUCUUCGGCGUGCAGUGUUGGAUAACAUAAAGCACAUCAAGGGCGACAGCGUUGACGAGGAGGAAUACUUGGCCACGGUGCUUGUUAUCCCUCGCAGCUUGAUUUACGAAGCUGUUGCUGAGGAAAAAAACCGCGAGAAGGAUUACUGGGGCAAAGGAGAUGCCUUGGUUACUGCUGGCCUAUGGGAACAAGCUCACGAAAACAUUGUCAAGCAGAUUGGUCCUGCUGCUGUUAUAGAAGAGAACCAAGCUUCUUGGGCCCGUCUCAUGUCCAUAAUCGAUCGAUUCCCCGACAACGGGCGCAUAAUACCGUCCUGGAACCAAGGUGGUGGUCUCUUUGCAGCAUAUUUCCAUGCUCUUCAGGCCGAGGAGAAUCUCGAAGACCCAGAUCGUGAAAGAGUGACGUUCUUGCUUGAGAACUUGGCCCAAUACAGAAGCGAGGGAGACUUCAAGCAGCAUGCAGCACUUUGCAUCAUGGCCAAAACAGUGGGUGACCUUGCUUUAAUCAGCCUUACAGCGACUUCCGACCUCAAGGAGAAAUUGAUGGCAAUCGAAAUGGGGGAGAACGAGAAGAGUUACUUUCAGGCACGUUUCGCAGCCAUCGACUAG